AAUCACUGCAUCAACAUCUCGACUCUGCCUUCAACCUCGCCGCGCUGCACGACAGAGAUCGCGCACCGAAUCCUCUUCCUCUCCUAGAUACGCAUCCGUUGUAAUACCUCCCCGACGACAUAGCAACGAUGCCUGCCACAACAGCAGAAACACUCUCCCUCGUCACUCGAAACGUCACCGUUGCGCCCCUCGUCCUCCUCUCUGCGGUCGACCACUACAACCGAACCACUUCUACCAAGACAAAGCGACGUGUGGUGGGUGUCCUUCUGGGUCAGAACGAUGGCAAGGACGUGAGAGUAUCUAACAGCUUUGCUGUUCCCUUUGAGGAAGACGACAAGGACCCCUCAGUGUGGUUCCUUGAUCACAACUAUGUCGAGUCGAUGAACGACAUGUUCAAGAAGGUCAACGCCCGAGAGAAGUUGAUAGGGUGGUACCACACCGGCCCUAAGCUGCGCGCAUCCGACUUGGAGAUCAACGAGCUCUUCAAGCGCUACACACCUAACCCCCUCCUCGUCAUCAUUGACGUGCAGCCCAAUGAGUCGGGCGUCCCCACAGAUGCUUACUUUGCCGUUGAGGAGAUCAAGGAUGAUGGCACAACCACCGCGCGAACGUUUGUUCACACCCCUUCGAUCAUCGAGGCCGAGGAGGCAGAAGAGAUUGGCGUUGAGCAUCUGCUAAGAGAUAUCCGCGACGUUGCUGCGGGAACCCUAUCCACACGAAUCACCAACCAGCUGCAAUCGCUCCAGGGCCUACACCUCCGCCUGCGAGACAUUGGUGCCUAUCUUCAGAAGGUCCUCGACAAGCAAUUGCCAGUCAACCACGCCAUUCUGGGCAACCUGCAGGACGUCUUCAACCUGCUUCCCAACCUUACCUCGGCUGAGGGAGACCCCAAGUCGGGCGCUGGCGAGCUUUCAUAUGCGAUGAGCAUCAAGACCAACGACCAGCUCAUGGCUAUUUACCUGAGCAGUCUGAUACGCGCGAUUACGGCAUUCCACGACCUGAUCGAGAACAAGAUCCAGAACCGGCAACAGCAGGAGGACAAGGAGGCCAAGAAGGAGGAGGUCAACGGCAAGGACGAGAAGAAGGAGGGCACUAAUGGCGCGAGCGGCGAGUCCAAGGAGGGCGCCGACAAGGACAAGGAGACCAAGGAGAAGGAGGCCAAGAAAUAAAGAAGGAAGCCAAGUGACUGUAGAAGGGCAUAGAUUAGGGUGCAGAAGCUCUUUGGCGCCUGGUGGAGGGAACCACGGCGGUAUCGGCCAAGGGUCAAGGCAAAUCGCCUUUUGUACAUUGAUCACAUCAAACCGGGGUUUAGAGGACGGAACAAGGAUAAUCUGCCGGACAUCGCCCUGGUAUUAACAAUUUUCUGGCAUUCAUUGCUAGAAUUGCUCGU